GAAAACGUAAACAAGGUUGGAUAUGUCGAAUUUCGUGUAAUUUGAUGAAGUUAUCUAAGGAUAAAUAAAAGAUCUUCAGGAGAGAUUCAGUUGAUGAAAGUGAAUAGUAGAAUGAUUUGGCAUCCACAUAAAAGUUAUACUUUCAUUUGGUUUAGUCUUGUUAAGGAGUGCACCUUGAAAGUCGGGGAUUGAAUAAUUUUUGGUGAAUGAAUUCAGAUAUCUUUCCAGAAUACUAACAAAUAUAGUACAGACUAUAAUCACAGUGUACCUUGUGAGAAUGGAAACUGAAAUUUUCUCAGAUGUGUUGAUGAAAUGAGUAAAAGACAGAAAACUUUAUUUGAAAGUUGGAAUAAAAAUGUAUCGAAAACGGCUGCAUGGCAAGGUAAUCAAACACAAAGUGGUGUAAAUAAUUUAUCAAGUUGUUCCUCCUACACUUCUCCUAGCCACAGUUUAUUCCAGCACAAUGUAUUUUCCAAAACGGCAGACCAACUGGUUGAUAAAGGAUUUGAUUAUGAAGCUGGAAAAACAUGGAUAUACCCCACAAAUUACCCAGUUCGUGAUUAUCAAUUUGCAAUAGUGAAAGAGGCUCUAUUUAAAAAUACUCUAGUUAUUUUACCCACAGGAUUGGGAAAAACUUUUAUUGCUGCUGUUGUUAUGUACAAUAUUUAUAGAUGGUAUCCAAGUGGAAAAAUUAUUUUUAUGGCCCCUACACGGCCACUUGUUGCACAACAAAUUGAUGCAUGUUAUAAAGUGACUGGAAUUUCACAUGCAGAUACUACGCAAAUGACUGGAACUAAUCAACCUGAAGAACGAAAAAGAAUGUGGAUGAAGAAAAGGGUGUUUUUUCUAACACCCCAAGUUUUAGUGAAUGAUUUGGCUAGAAAUAUUUGUCCAGCUGAAAGUAUCAAAUGUCUAGUUGUUGAUGAAGCUCAUAAGGCAUUAGGAAAUCAUGCUUAUUGCCAAGUAAUAAAAGAACUUCAAGCCUAUACAACUCAUUUCCGUAUUUUAGCAUUAACAGCUACUCCAGGUAGUGAUACUCAGGCUGUAAAACUUCUGUUAUCAAAUCUUUUAAUAUCUCAUGUUGAGAUGCGUACAGAAGAUAGUGAUGAUGUGAAGCCAUACACACAUGUAAGAGAUAUUGAAAAAAUUGUUGUACCACUUGGUGACAGACUUCUAUCAAUCAAGAGCAGAUUUCUGGAUAUUAUCAAUAUUUAUUUGAAGCGUCUAACUCAAAGACGAGCAAUGACAGCCAAAAACCCUAGUUCUUUAUCAAAAUUUCAAGUUUUGAAAAUGCGGGAAGAUUUCAGCCAGCAUCCACCAAGUAAUAUCGACAAAUUUGCAUAUGGACUUAUAAUGGCUGAUUUUUCUUUGUGUAUCAGUUUAUAUCAUGCAUAUGAAUUGCUUUUAUUGCAUGGUGCAAGAUCAUUUUACAACUUUCUAACAGGAAUAAUUAAUGGUGAGAAAUCCAUUCCACAUGCUCGAUCAGAAUUGCAGAAAAAUUAUGAUUUCGAUGUUUUGUUGAAAGAAAUUCAAGAAAAUUACAUUGUUGAAAACAUGGAAGGAAAUCAAAUAAUGGGAUCUAAUAGUUUUGGUAAAAAGCCAGGACACCCAAAAUUGGAAAAAUUAUUAGAAGUUGUAUUACAGCAUUUUAAUUGUGUGAACAAAGUUAAAGAUACCAGAGUAAUGAUAUUUUCACAAUAUAGAGAUAGUGUUCAAGAAAUUACCGAUAUGUUGAAUCAUUACAAACCUAUGAUCAAAGUUAUGAGUUUUAUUGGCCAGGCUUCUAAAUCUGCUACUAGUGCUGGUUUUUCUCAGAAGCAUCAACUUAAGGUGAUACAACAAUUUCGCUCUGGUGGCUAUAAUACCUUAGUGUCUACAUGUGUUGGCGAAGAAGGUCUUGAUAUUGGAGAAGUAGAUUUGAUUGUUUGUUACGAUUGUCCAAAAUCACCAAUACGCUUAGUUCAAAGAAUGGGGAGAACUGGGAGACUGCGUGGAGGAAAGAUUAUUAUUUUGAUUGCAGAAGGGAAAGAAGAGCAAAUGUAUAAUAGCUGUGAAAGCAAAAAGAAAAGUGUUCACCGAGCCAUUUCAAAAGGCUUUGUAUUUGCUCAAUUGUAUAACAAAAGUCCCUCACUCAUACCAUCUGGUGUUAAACCUUUGUGUGUUAAAACUGUGGUUACUGUUGAGACUCAAAAAACUGCCACCAAAUCUAAAGGAAAGUUGAAGGAAGAUGGGUUUUUAAAUGAAGAUGAAUUGAAUGAAUUCAAGUCUUGUUUUGAAAUUCCGAGAUCUGAAAAUCCUUUGCUGGAAAAUUCAGAAAUAAUUUGCUUGAAGGGUUCUCUAGCUCAGGAAAACAAAAAUAUCCAAGGUACUUCACCCAAUAAUAUUCAUCAUUUUGAUCAACCAAUUUUUUCUUUGUCAAAUUGGCUUCUUUGGCAGACUACACCUCAAAGAACACAUAUGGUUUCUCAUUCUUCAAAGACUUUGCUAUUAACUGAGAUAGUUGAAAGAAUUAAUUUUUCUACAGAAAGUGAUAUUCAAAAUGUAAUUGGUGAAGAAACAAUAUAUCCUUUAGAAACAAUGAAUUCUCUGGCAGUGGAAAAUUUAAAACCUCCAAUCAUCGAUUUGUGCGAUGAUGAAAAUAUUGCCUUUGAUUUCGAUGAAACAUUACCAAUUGAAAAAAAUGAUUUAGUGCAUGUUACAACCGUUCAAGAUUCUACUAAAGCAAAAUCUACUUUAAUUACUAAUUUUAAUAAUCCAAUUUCAAUUGUAAGUGUUUCCAGUUCUACUGUUAAUGAAAAGAGUAAUUUAUUGGAAAGGAUGUUUGGUGUUUCUUCAGUGAAAUUUCCUGUUGAAUUUGAAGAACAAGAAUUGAUGCCACCGCCAGUUAUAUCAGAUACUGUAACAUUUCAAAGUGUUUUUAUUGAAUCUACUAUCCCAAAUAAUUCUAAAAGCUGUUUGAUAUUAAAUAUUUUAAAUAAAAAAAUGAAAGCUCGAUUAAAAAGAAAAACAAAGGAACUUGGUAUCAACUUUGAAAUUGCUUGCAAGAAGAAUACAAUUGCCACUUCUGUCACUGAUUUAUCAAAAUAUAAGAGAAAUACUCUGGAAAUAUCAAUGAAUGUUCCUAAAGCUGAUGAUAUGAGUAAUUUGGAAACUGAUAACAAACUGGAUGAAACACUGCUUCCAAAAUGUAUAACUUUUGACAUUGAUUUUGAUCCACCACAAAUUAUGGAUAAGGAUAAUCAACUCCAAAUUACCAAUGAAGGUAAUUUCUCUCAAGCUGUGACUUCUGAUAAUCACCAGAGUACCAUUCAAACCAUAUCAUCUGAUCUAAAAGAAUCAUUUGAUAUUGAUUUUGAUAUACCAGAUGUUAUGGAUGAGUAUAAUCACUAUCAAGUGACUGAUGAAAAUAAUAUUCAUCAAGUUGCUGAUACUGAUAAUCAUCAGGACAUCAUCCAUAGCAUAUCUAAUUAUAGAAAGGGAUCAGAAGAAACAGCCUUUGCUGAGAAUCAUCCAGACACUAUUCAGGUCAAAUCAACUGAUUUAAAAGAAUCAUUUGAUAUUGAUUUUGAUGCUCCACAAGCUGUGGAUGAGGAUCAUCAUUUUCAAAAUCCCGAUCGAAGUAAUCUUCAUCAAGCUACUGAUGCUGACUCUCACCAGAACAUCAAUCAAACUAUAUUUACGGACAAAAAAGGAUUGAGAGAAAUUUUUCGACAAAAGCAGGAAGACAAAAAUAAUGUUCAGUCAUUGGAUGGUGAUAGUUUUGAAAUAUUACAGCAGUUUUUUGCUGACAAAAAAGAUAAAAAACUAGAAUCUUCCUUUACUUUGCCUUUGACUGUUAAAAAAAUUAUAUUUGACAAAAGUAAUGAAACUCCAAAAAGUUCUCAAAGAAAAAGAUCUAUAUUAAGAGAUAAGAAUAUUUCUUUAUUAAGGUCGUACAAUAAUAGAUUUAAAAAACUCUUAAGUGUAUCGCCUUGCUCUAAUAAGCAAGCAAGCGAUGUAAAACAAGGGAAUAACACUUCUAAAGUACAAAAUAUGGGUAAAAAGAAUGGAAGUGACAGUGAUACCAAUAUUACAAAAGAUUGUAAUGAAAAUGAAGAAUUUUCACAAUAUACUUUAACUCAAUUACUGUCUUUGAUUAAUAGUACUGAAAGCAAUGAAAUUACAGGUAAUAAUGAAAACACUGCUAAUACUUUAGGAGUACCUAAACAAAGUACUCCUAAGAGAAAUAUGAGUUCAGAUGAUGAGAUAGAACCUACACCUCCAAAAAGAAGAAUCCCUUCAACAUCUAAGUUCUUUUACCGAAGUAACAGUUUUAACUCAAAUUCAGACUCUGUUCAUAAAAAUAAUGCACCAAAAGAUAAAUUAGAAAUUCUUUCCUGCCCUCCAACUUCCUUCAAUAUUUCAUUUGAUUUAUCUGAUAUGCAGUCUCCACAGAAACAUGGAAUUGAUACAGCUGCUAGUAAGCAAUUGGUAUGCUCUGAUAGUACGAAAAAACAUUUGCAAAAUACCAAUCAAAAAGCUUCUGAAAUGUUUAGAGUAGAUUUCAGUAAUGAUGAUUUAUCAAAAGAAAAGACAAACACAUCAUUUCCUGUUGAAGAUCGACAAUGUAAACUAAAUAACAAACAGAUGACAGCAAGAGAGCGAAAUCUUUGUGAAAUGAAAAUUUUAUUCAGUCCUAAAAGUUAUAUAUCAAAUAUUUCUUUUGAUCUGUUUGAUGUGGAUUCUCCAAAGUGUGAAAGCAGUAAAGAAACUCUCAAACCAUUUGAAAAUCCGAACAAAGGCAAUAGGAUUUACCUAAACGGGCGAUCUAGGCUUCAUGCAUCCAAUUCCACUCCCAUAAAGGCCAAAGUUAGUAGUUCCUUUGAUUUUCCUGAUAAGAAAAGUACUGAAUGUGAUAAUACUAAGCUUGAACACUCAGUUCUAGAUAAAAACAACUGUAAAGAUGAAAGCAAGCCUUGUCAAACAAAUAUUACAAAUAACCCAACUAAUUCUUUAUCAAAUAUUUCAUUUGAUUUGUCUGAUAUGCAGUUUCCUCAAUUAGAUGAGAAAAAGGAUGAUAAUGUAAAGAACUUUGUUAAGCCUGAAAACCCUUCACCAAUCAAUAUAUAUGAUGAAAAUCAAGAUGAACAUUCUUCUGUCUUUGAAAAUGCAGCUGCUGAAAACAUAUUUUUUGAUAUUUCUUUUGAUUUCCCAGAUUUACAAGAUGUUUCUUCUCAAAAAGAGUUACCAACUGGGGGUAAUAACAAUGUUACUGAAAAUAUUGUAUUGGAUGCUUUUGAAGACUAUUCAAAAAAUAUACAGUUCAGCAAGAACUCAUUGAUUUCAGAUAAUUGUCCAUCAAAAAAUCAAAGCAUAUCUUUGAAUAAUGACACAUUAAAAGCAUCUUCAAAUUCUAGUAAAAGUUUCGAAAAUGGCAUGUCAAAAACUGCAUCAAUGACUCAAAAUUCAAAUAAUAGCAAAACUGCAAAUAAAAAUAUAUUUAAUAAAUUCAUUGUUAAUGAUUUGGACUUAUCGAAUUCAGAGGACUUUAUUCUGCCUCAAAAAUUAAAUUAUAAAAAGAAUAAAAUAGUUUUUGCUGAAGCAAAUGACAAACAAAGGAACUGUUUAGAAAUAAGGAAUAGUAACUCAAAAAAUUCAAACCCAGAAACAUUCUCUAAAACUUGCAAAUAUAAACGAGUAGAAAAUGUAACAUCUGAGUAUUCAGUUGACAAAAAUGCAAAUAGUAACUUCAAAAGACCUUUGAACAAAUUAUCUAGAACUUCUACCAAAUCUAAAAAGAAAAAAACUAAUACCAAAAAUGAUUUACUGCUUUCACAAGCAUCUGUUUCUGGUUCUGAUUCUUCUGGUGGAGAUGAUGAAGAUCUUGAUUUUUUGGAAGAAAGUUUUAUUGAUGAUAAUACUGUUUUGGAAAGUCCCCCAAAUCAACACUGUAUGUAUUUAGAAUCUGUGAAAAAUGUUGCUGGUCUACCACAGAAAUACAAAUUAAAAGCCACAGAAGGCUGGGCUAAUUCUGGACCUGUUGAUGAGGGUUGCUCCAAAUAUUUGUUAGAUAGUUUUUGUGUUGACGAUGAAGAAGUGGUGUAUACUUGCUCCGAUGAUGAAUUAGAAAUUGGAAGAAAAAAGACCAAGACAAAUAAAGUUAGAAAGAAGCGCAAACGUAUUAUUACAUUUAAUGAGAGUAGUUCUGAUGAAGAACAAUUUGUUAAAAAGGUAAAAACCCCUGAAAAAGAAGAAUUUAUGAAAAAAGUGACACCUAUUUCUAGCAAUGAACAUAAGCCAAAAUUUUGCAAAAAAGUGAAACAAAAAUUCAUUACUAGUUCAGAUGAAGAUGGGGAAGUACCACCUCCAGAGAAACAUUCCAAGAAACAAUUUAAUGGAAAGGCUAAUGCUGAGCUUCCUGUUAAAUCAACAAAUUCUGAAACUGAAUUAGUUGAAAAGAAUCAUGAUCUAAGUGAUACUGAUCUUAACUGUGCAAAUUUUUCAUUUGAUUUAGAAUGGGAUGAUGCCAUUUCUCCUUCACAAUUUCCUGUCAAUAAGUGUGAUGAAAUAAUAAUGCAAAAUGAAUCAAAAAGGGAUCCUGUGCCUUCUACAACAAAUAUUAGAGAUGAAACUUCGAUUUUCAGACACCAAGCAGUUUCAGCUAAUUCCCAUUUAUUUACAACUGGUAACAAUUUACAAAAUUUUUCAAAUAAGAAUCCGAUUUCUUCAGUUGUUCCUUCCAUGAGUAUUCUAACUCCAUCAUCUGCUGUUAUCUCUGAUAAUUUAAAGAACUCCAUUGUAAAUACAUCUUCAUCUACUUCUGUUUCUGUAAACAAUAUGAUUAAUAAAUUUGAUUCUAAUAAAACUAUUUUAGUUGAUUCUCGCGAAUUAGCCAGUGGCAAACCUGUGAUCUCUGCUCUUCGAAACAAAUAUGGAAUGAAUCCUUUUGUAAUGCAACUGUCUGCAGCUGACUAUAUCAUCAGUAACAAAAUUGCUGUUGAACGCAUUUUAGAUUCUGAUUUUUCUAGUUCUGCAAUUCCAUUAAAGAUUAUAGAAAAAGUCAAAGCUAUGAGUGAACAAUAUGAGAAAUCUUUUGUGAUAAUUGAAAUUGACAGUCGCAAGCGUUCCAUGGGUUUUAACAAAUCCAGUACUAAAUAUUUGCAAUUUUCUGUGCAUAUUUGUCAUCAUCCUUCCGUAAAAGUGCUUUAUUCCAACUCUGUAGAUGACACUUGUAACCUUCUUCAUAGCUUAUAUGAAAAGGAGAAACAAAAGAGCUUACAUAUCAAUGUACCAGUUGCUUUAAAUUCAUCUAGUCAAAAAUUAUUUAACUUUUAUAAUAGUUUGCCUCAUGUGAGCCCAGUAUGUGCUCUUAAUUUCACAUAUUAUUUUCCAUCUGUCCAUGGAUUUUUUAAAAGUUCGGCAGAACAGUUGAAAAAUGCAGGCUUCAUAUCUUCACAUAAAGCUAAAGCUAUAAUACAAUAUUUGAAAAGUGAAUUAUUGUUUGAUGCUUAUUCUUGAUCUAAUUAAUCUAUCGGUACUUAUAUUUAUUUAUUAGAGUCAAGGCCUCAAAUUGAAUAGUACAUAUGAAAAGAAGAAAAAAAAUCACCUACCUUAAAAUUCUAUUUUAUAUUUUUAAUUAUCAUAAUUUGAAAUGUGAAUAUGAUAAUUUUAUUCAAUCACUUUUUUUUUUCUUUCCUAUAACCUUAAUUUGUAUUCUCUGUUUGUAAAUAUUGUUUUUAAUGUUGUAUGUAACUUCUGUCUUUAUUGACAAAAACUAUGUUAAAGUUGAAUAUUUAAAUCAAAGUUGCAAAUUGAUUGCAGUUUCAAAUUUUGUAGAAGCAUGAAUUUUCAGUCUACUUUUAAAAUUAGAGACAUAAUAUAAAAAGAUGUAUUUUUCAGUUUAUUUUUAUUAUUAAAAUCAGCAUUCAUAAAUACUGAGUAAUGGCAGUUUUUGCUAAGUUUUAAUGAUUUGCAAAAUGGGGGAUUAGCAAUAUCAGUCUUAUUGUACAAUAAAGCAACAAGUAAUUGAAAUGAGUUUUUAGUAUGAGCCAGAACAGGUGCCAGGUUAAAUGUUUUGUUUUAAUUUUAGAUGUGUUACAUUUGAAUCUCAUUAAUUUAAUUUUUCAGUUGGUAGAAAUGAAUUUUCGUAGUUUUUUAAAUUUUCAAAUCGCCAUAUACUGUUCCACUAAUUUCUUCCUCAUUAGCAUUAAGAGCUGCACUUCUUUUGAUCAUAAAUUAUUUUACAUUAGUUGUGUUAAUUUUUCCAAGUUUUGUUAUUGCUGCAUUUGUCUAUGUACUAAAAUUUUCAAUAUUAAUGUUAUAUAACUAAUACUGAAAUUCAGCCUUUUUAAAAAAUGAUAAAUUAAUAUCUCUGGUGAAAAUUUAUUUAUUUAUUGAAAGAAACUGUAUUGUAUCAUAUUUAUUUUGUGUGUGUAGCAAUUAACAAAAAGAAUUAAAAAAAAACUAUAGAUUAUUUAAAAACCUUAUUUUGCCACUCUUAUUGUU